AUGGAUUUCCCAGUAAUUCUUCAGCUCACAUCGCUUAUCAUAAUUCUUACUAUUGUUAAAUGUUUAAAAAAAUGUUUUAGUUUGAAUUAUAUAUGUCUUCAAGCUGAAAAGAAAUGUGAUAAUAUUUCAAUUCAAAAAGAUAUCUUUAAUACUUUAGUCAGUACUCUUAGCGAAGAAUUAUAUACUUUUAAUAAACAUAAAAAAAGUUUAACUAAAAAUUGCGAAAAUUAUACUAGAGUAAUCUCAAAUAAAGUCUGUUCUAGCAUAAAUAAUGUUUAUAAAAAAUUGAAACAGUAUUUACGAAAAAUCUGUGAGUUUUCAUUAACGCUUUUCAAGUUUUUGUUUACCAAUUUUAAUUCUACCUUUGAAGGUCAAAAAUUAUUAUUAUGCUCAUUUAUAAAGUUUUAUAAUACAAUUGGCACUAGAAUUUCUUAUGGAUGUUAUGAAUCUACUCUUAAGUGUGGCAUACUAGAACUGUUAAUAUUUUUAACACCACUACCACCACCAUUACCACCACCAGCACCAGAACCAGAGUUAGAACCUUAA